GAGAGGGGGCUAUUUUAGAGUGUGGUAGUGGCAACGGAAUGCACAGUUGCUCUUUAUCAGGGGGCUUAAACGCAAGGACAGGAUUGGCUAGUCGAGACACAAGAAGAGGCUCGUUCAUUCAUUCAUUCAUUCUCUCAUUCAUUCACUGUGUCAGGGUUUUCCGUCCACAUCUGAGAUCGGACCGCUGGAGAGAUCAUGGACAUCGUGGAGGUGUUCGAAUCCGAGGGGAAGGGCCGAGGCCUCCGGGCGUCCAGGGAGUUAUGGGCCGGAGACGUGCUCUUCGUAGAGGCCAGCUAUGCAGCCGUUGUGUUUGACAGUAUGGCAGCAAAUGUGUGUCACAGCUGUUUCCGUCGGCAACAGAAGCUGCAGCGGUGCGGCUCCUGCAAGUUUGCUCAGUAUUGCGACCGCACCUGCCAGAGAGCAGGCUGGGAGGAGCACAAGAUCGAGUGUCCCGCCAUCAAGGCCUACGCCAAGGUGCCCAACGAGAACGUACGGCUCGCCGCGCGCAUCUUCUGGCGCCAGGACAAGGAAGGGGGCAUCGUGUCUGACCAUCAGCUGACCUCCAUAGAUGACCUGGAGAACCACAUCUCCGAAUUGCCCGACGAUGACAUGCAGCAGCUCAAGAUUGAUAUUCACAACUUCCUGGACUACUGGCCACGCAACAGCAAGCCACACAACGUGGACAGCAUCUCCCACGUCAUCGGAGUGAUAAACUGCAAUGGUUUCACGGUCAGUGACCAGCGGGGGCUGGCAGCCGUAGGGGUGGGCAUCUUCCCCAACCUCUGCCUGGUCAACCACGACUGCUGGCCCAACUGCACCGUCGUCCUCAACCACGGCAAUCAGUCGGCCGUGAACAAAAUGUACCACUCGUACAGGAGAGUGGAGCUGAGGUCCCUGGGCAACAUUAAGCUGGGGGAGGAGAUCACCGUGAGCUACGUGGACUACCUGAACCUGUCUCACGAGCGCAAGCGGCAGCUCAAGGACCAGUACUUCUUCGACUGUACGUGUGACCACUGCACCCACGGCACCAAAGACGACCUCAAGUUGGCGGGCGCGGUGGUGGAAGGAGUCCCGGUGCCUGAGAACCAGGUGAAGGAGAUGACGGAGUACAGCCUUGAAAUGUUGCAGAAGAGGGAGAAGGCUCGCAUGGCGGGGAAUUACCACGAGGUGAUCAAAAUUUGCCGUGAGUGUUUGGAGAAGCAGGAGCCGGUUCUGGCCGACACACACCUCUACCAGCUGCGGAUGUGGAGCACCUGCAGCGAGGUGCUGUCCUACCUGCAGUACUUCGGCGAGGCGGCCACCUACGCUCGCAAAAUGGUGGAAGGAUAUCAAAAGCUGUACCAUCCCAAUAACGCGGCGCUGGGCUUGGCCACCAUGAGGGCAGGGGUCACACACUGGCAGGCAGGGUUCAUCGAGAUCGGCCAUGGCAUGAUCUGCAAGGCCUUCUCCAUCCUGAUGAUCACGCAUGGCGCCACACACCCCAUCACCAAAGACCUGGAGGCUAUGCGGCAGCAGACGGAGAUGGAGCUUCGCAUGUUCAAGCAGAACGAGUUUAUCUACCACCAGAUGCGUGAGGCGGCGCUCAAGAACCAGCCCGCAAGCAUGCAGAACGAGCCUGUGGCAGAGGGCAUCAAGAACCUGUUCCGCAGGAAAUGAGAACACCUGAUACCCUAACCCCCCCCCCACACACACACACACACACACACACACUCACAUCAGACACACACUCACUUCAGACACAUAGGACAGACCUAUCAACCAUGGUGGGGACAGAACCCAUCUCCGCCACAUAAAUGAGGAGGUCAGUGGAGGAAAGAGCGUUCCCAGCGCGCUCCAAGAGCGUUCCAAGAACGUUCCAAGAGCGUUCCAAGCGCGGCGCACCUAAGCAGCGCUUCUGACCCGUUCCCAUGGAAUGUCCUCCAUCACUGGGAAAGUUCCUGUAGGUUUUAAUGUCCUCCAUCACUGGGAAAGUUCCUGUAGGUUUUAAUGUCCUCCUUCAAUGGAAGAGUUCCUGAAGGUUAGGUUUUAAUGUCCUCCUUCAAUGGAAGAGUUCCUGAAGGUUAGGUUUUAAUGUCCUCCAUCAAUUGAAGAGUUCCUGUAGGUUUUAAUGUCCUCCAUCAAUUGAAGAGUUCCUGUAGGUUUUAUUGAUUCACUGUGUCACAUAGAGAAAGAGUGGAGAGCGUCUUCCAUUAGCAUUAUAGCGGCUAAAUUAUUUCUCAUGAUACUGUUUCUAAAUUUGAUCUUAAAAUGUAGACGUUCUCCUUGUAUUUAGAUUAGGCUUGUGAAAAUAACUUUGUUCACUGCACACACAUUCAUCAAACUAGUACACAUUUAACUGUCACAGAUUUCCAGGGAUUUUUUUUUUAUUUAUUUACAACCAAUAAAAACUUUCAACAAAUUG